AUGGUGUUUAUUGACCUAGAGAAGGCGUAUUACAAGGUCCCUAGGGACGUUCUUUGGAGAUGCUUGGAGGUGAAAUGUAUAACAGUAGCUUAUAUUAGGGUAAUAAAAGAUAUGUAUGAUGGAGCUAAGAAUUGGGUUAGGACAGUGGAAGGUGACUCAGAGCCUUUUCCGGUGGUUAUGAAUUUACACCAAGGAUCUGCGCUCAGCCCGUUCUUAUUUGCCCUAGCAAUGGACGCAUUGACACACCAUAUUCAAGGGGAGGUGUCUUUGUGUAUACUGUUCACUGAUGAUAUAGUUCUGAUUGAUGAGACGCACACUCGAAUGUAUAAGAUUAGAAAUGAGGAUAUUCGGGAGAGGGUGGGGGUGGCUCCUGUGGAUGACAAGAUGCGGGAAGCGAGGCUUAGGUGGUUCGAGCACAAGCGGAGGAGGAGCCUAGAUGCUUGGGUUAGGAGGUGUGAGCAUUUGGCUCUGGUAGGUACGGAAAGAGGUAGAGAGCGGCCUAAGAAGGACUGGAGGGAGUUGUCUGCUCAUAAUUUUGGAAGAAGAAGGAGGAGAAAAAAGAGGAAGGAGAAUAAGAGGAUGGAGAAGAAGGAGGAAGAAGGAAGAGAAAAAGGAAGUUCUUACGAAAAGCUAAAGAAA